UGUUGUCCUACGUGUUCAGAUUGCAAAAUCAAUGGACAAACGGCAACCGACGACAGGGACGUGACAUCCGACGACCCAUGUCUCAAAUGUCGAUGCAACGACGGAAGGCUAACGUGCUCAAAGAAAGCAUGUCCCGUUUUGCAGUGUAGCGCCGAUCGUCAGCACCAACCCCCAGGGGAGUGUUGCCCUAAGUGCACCGGAACAAGAAGCCUCUACACCUAUCCGAAAACGUGCACAUUGGGCAGCCGAUUUCAUCGCGACGGCGAGAGAUUCGACAUGGAAAGAUGCACGAAGUGCAGCUGCAUAAACGAAACCUCGGUGUGCCAUCGCGACUCGUGCCCAAUCCUAAACUGCGCCCACGAGUUUCAGCAGAAGCGUCCGGGAAACUGCUGCAAAGAGUGCGUCUUUCCCGAAGAGUUUCGUAUGCAGUGUAGCUACGGCGGAGUCGUAUAUGAGGAUGGUCAAUCUUGGAAACUAGAUGCUUGCAGUUCGUGUAAGUGCGCCCAGGGGAUGCCCAGCUGUGCGAUGACGAGGUGCAACGUUACCUUACCGUGUCCCCCAGGUUCCCGCCUCGUUCACCCUCCCGGCGAGUGCUGCGGACGCUGCGAAGAAAGCGAAGGCGUUUGCAUGGCCUUUGGGGAUCCGCACUACAAAACCUUCGAUGGGAAAAUCUACAGCUUUCAAGGCGUCGGGAGGUACCAAUUUGUGGCGGAUUGCGAGCACCACAACUUCUCAAUAAGGGUCGCCAAUGUUUACCAGAACAAAAACUCAAAAACCUCCACGUUAACGAAACGCGUCGCGAUCAAGUCGGGUAAAAUGCGAAUAAAUCUCGGCCAAAACUUGAGGACGAAAAUAAAUGGGCAAAAGGUCGACCUUCCCUACAAGAUCGAGCAGAAGUUGCAGAUCGAGAAAUUUAAGGACCACUUGGUCAUCGACCUACUGAAUGGGGUUCGGAUCUUGUGGACUGGCAAAAGUUUCUUGGAGCUAACCGUUCCGGCCUCGUACAAGAACAAACUGUGCGGACUUUGCGGAAAUUUCAACAAUAACGUGCAGGACGACCUGAAGCUGCGGAAAGGACCAGUUGUUAAGGAAUCGGACAUUUUAAUGUUUGGGGCAUCGUGGUGCGUCGGCUCGAAGGCGGUGUGCGCCAAGUACGCGAAGCAAACGUCGAAGAUUCGACCGUGCAAGGCGAAACGAGUCGACAAGAAUCCUUGCAAGUAUCUAACCAGCACGGAUCUGUUUAAUGGUUGUGAUUCUAAACUUAAUUAUAAUAAGUAUUACAAGGCGUGCAUGAUGGAUAUGUGCGAGUGUCCCAGUGGAAGAUGCUACUGCGAAAGUCUCAUGGCGUACGCUAGGGAAUGUAAUCACUUAGGGGUUGACGUUCCUAAUUGGAAAAAGCACAGCUACUGCGUCGCUAAUAAAUCGAGGCGGAAGGCAGCGCAACGAACGGGACUUUCAAAAGAAAAAAUUGACUUGCUUAUGAAACAAAGGGGCAUUAACCGAACAAGGAGUGCGCAAGCACCUUUGCCUAUACAAUAACUUUUUUAGUUAUUUAAAACUAGUCAUUGUCAGUAUUCAUCACUAUGCAAAACGUGAACUCAGGUGAUGAGUUCUGUAGUUAUUUAUGUUGUACAUAAUUAUUUAAAGUAUUAAAAGGGCUUCAGAAAAGCUACUAACUUUUUUUUCAAGAUUGGCGACGAUAUCAGCGGGAGUAUUGUAGUUUUUCAAAGGACUCUGUUACAUUUAAUACUCAAAAAUCUAAAUAAACGUGGGAUCCUUGAUUAUUUUACCAAAGACGCUUUUAUAAAUCCGUUAAAAUUGUUUUUAAACAGUUUAUUUGAGUAAAUACGUUUUAGUAUGUUAUUUAUUAUUCAUCCGUUAAUACUACUAGAUUUAGUAUUAUUUUUGUUUAAUUUUUUGUAAAUAAUGCAAUUGUAGCUCGUCGUUAAUAAUGUAAAUUGAAAUGGCGGUAAAAGUUUUGUACAAAAACCGUAUAAAGCACAUAGUAAGGGUCUUUAGAUUAUAUUGUGAUCAAAAAGGCUGAAAUCACUAUAGAUCUCUCGGGCAAUGCAUUUAGUAGAACUCUACAUAUUAUAACUUAUUAAUUUAGAAUUUUUACCCAUUUUACUGUGGUCGUUCCUAGUUCUCAGUUUAAGCAAUGAAUGUAUAGAGAAAGAUUGACAUUUCAUAAUGGUGAUGUAUACGUUUUUAUUAGCUAAUCUUUUAUCUCCACAAUGUAAAUGUUAGAUUGUAGGGUUGUUGUUAAUUCUGUGUAUAUUUGUGAACUCUGCUUAAAUUUAUGCUUACGUGUUGAUUAGUGGUAGGUCAAUUUUAUGAUAAUGUUCUCAAAACGUCGACUUAAGGUAUCUCAACUGUAGGUAUAAUAUGAGUUUGAUCUGGUAAUUAUUGCUUUAAUUGUUCAUUUUAUACAAAUCUCUAAAAGCUUUACUUAUCUCAGCUUUUUAGUUGUAACUAACUUUGAUCCUUUAUAAUUUUUUAUACACAAAAUAUAGUAUAAGCUAUUUAUGAGUAUAGUUAGGUGUUGCAUUAUUCGAAAAUUUAGAAUUUAUUCUGUAAAUUUGUUUAAUUAAUGUUAUUGUUCGAAAACAUCG